AUUAUGAAAGACAAUAUGAAUAAAAUUUGCGAGAUUUGUAGCGAUAAAGCAUUGGGCCGACACUUCGGUGCCAUUGCUUGUGAAUUGUGUAAAGCAUUCUUCAGGAGGAAUGCACUCAAAAAUAAGGAAUUGAUACUAAAUGAUGAGGAAAGGGAGCAAAGGAGACAAUUACUCGAAGAAAAUAGACGCAAACGAAAGGCAUUAAAUGAAAGUCAAAACACAUCCUCAGAAGUCAAUGUGUCUUCAAAUUCACAAUCACUUGAGUCGACCAUUUCUGGUGAUUGUGGUGACAGUGACUCCUUAGAUGCCAUAAUAGGAUGUGUUUCGGAUGAUACCGAUGAGGACCUGAGCGCACAAAUUAUGGAAAUCGAAAAUUAUGAUAACGACACCUCACUUAUAGUUAAUUAUGAUUCAUUUACUGCCGAGAUAUCCAGAUUAUUUGAACAAGAUUCUACCGCUAUGGAACCGGGACCGUAUAAUAUUGGAAUUGGCCGAUACUUCGGUGCCAUUACUUGCGAAUCGUGUAAAGCAUUCUUCAGGAGGAAUGCACUCAAAAAUAAGGUUUGGAAAUGCCUUUCGGAUGGAAAGUGCAAAAUAACUCCAAAUACUAAAACCCUAUGCAAGACAUGUAGACUUCAUAAGUGUUUUGCAGUGGGCAUGAGAAAGGAAUUGAUACUUACGGACGAGAAAAGGGAAGAAAGGAGACAAUUAGUCGCAGGGAAUAGACGCAAACGAAAGCUAUUGAAUGAAAGUCAAAACACAUCCUCAGAAGCAAAUGAACCCUCAAACUCACAAUCACUUGAGUCAAUGAUAGCCAGCCCUCUGUUGCCACCGAUUAAGUCGCCCGUCAGUAUCACACCUAAUAAGGACUUGAAGUCGGCGCUCACUUACCGCCGAAGACUGUUUGAUGUCUAUGAAGACGUGGUGGCGGCUUUCGAGAGGUUUACGUUUUUUGUGGACAAACGAAAGGACAAUCACGCGAGCGGAUCCCUAGUGUUACCCCAGAAGUUCAAACUGUUGGCCGAAGUGUUCAAAUCGAUGGACACUGUGGUGUCGAUGCACUACAAGCGCCAAGAGAUCUGCACUUUCGAUAAACUCAAGAAUUCCGUGGAGAGGAUGACGGCGAAGAAGUUUGACACCAAAAGGUUGGCACAAAUACAGACAGUCUUCGGCACCGGAUUUAAGCUGAAGUACGAAUUGUUCUCGAGUUAUGCGGAGCGCCGGAAACCCAGCUAUCAGUUGAUAAUAACUCCGGUGUAUGACUCGGAUGUGGACAUACGGACCAAUUCUAUACACCUCUUGGAGAGGUAUCAGCGGUUUGUGGCGAAACUCGUAGACAUCACGAAAGGCCACCACAAGAAGUAUUUGCAUGCAUUGGGUCUUAAUGUAGACGACAAAGAGCUGGUCCGAUGGCACCCGAAGUUUAGGGUGGACUCCGUGCCAGACGUCACGCCCGAUGACAACACACUGCCAGCGGAACCACGACUCGGAGAGAAGACCGCCGAAGAGGUCUUGGCGAACAUCAGACAGCGAUUAGGUAUAUCAUCGACGACUGUCACCGCGGAUGACGACAAAAACAAUGACACGAACUCUAACGACAAUAAGACGUCUGAUACUAAUCAGAAGAUUACGAAAGGAUUACUUAAAGGCAUUUCAAUGAAUCUGUUAAACAAAAUUAGGGCCAAAGAAGAGGUAAAUAAGGCAAAAGAGAUGACCCGAAAGCCCGAAGUGGAGACAGAGCUCGGGAUAUUGCGAUCGUUACCUGAAUUCAUACGAAUAAUUCACAGCUAUAUCGUGGGCUCCAAGAAGUUGGCCGUACCUUACGAUCAACUCAUCGACAAACUGAUCACCAGUUUCACGAGCAGUCUGUCUAUACUGCGGGCUAAGGAGCACAUGAGCUACCUGUGCCGCUUUAUGCCCGACUGGAUCUGUCAGUUGGAAGUGAAAAAAGGGAAUUACAUUAAAAUCAAUAAAGAAACCACACUUUCAACACUGGAUCAGCAAAUCAAAACAAUGGUUAAUCGCCUGAAGGAC